CCCAGGCUUUUUGACGUCAUGGACUCGACCUUUGACAGAGCCAAUAGGCGAAAAGGAGAGACGGGAAGUAUUUUUGCCGCCCCGCCCGGAAAGGGUGGAGCACAACGUCGAAAGCAGCCAAUGGGAGCCCCGGAGGCGGAGCGCCUGUGGGAGCCGUGGAGGGAACUUUCCCAGUCCCGAGGCGCAACCGGGGUUGCAUCCAUGGAGCUAGCUGAGAGCUCGAGUACAGAACCUGCUAAGGCCAUCAAACCUAUUGAUCGGAAGUCAGUCCAUCAGAUUUGCUCUGGGCAGGUGGUACUGAGUCUAAGCACUGCAGUGAAGGAGUUAGUAGAAAACAGUCUGGAUGCUGGUGCCACUAAUAUUGAUCUAAAGCUUAAGGACUAUGGAGUGGAUCUCAUUGAAGUUUCAGACAAUGGAUGUGGGGUAGAAGAAGAAAACUUCGAAGGCUUAACUCUGAAACAUCACACAUCUAAGAUUCAAGAGUUUGCUGACCUAACUCAGGUUGAAACUUUUGGCUUUCGGGGGGAAGCUCUGAGCUCACUUUGUGCACUGAGCGACGUCACCAUUUCCACCUGCCACGCAUCGGCGAAGGUUGGGACUCGACUGGUGUUUGAUCACAAUGGAAAAAUCAUCCAGAAAGCCCCCUACCCCCGCCCCAGAGGGACCACAGUCAGCGUCCAGCAGUUAUUUUCUACACUACCUGUGCGCCAUAAGGAAUUUCAAAGGAAUAUUAAGAAGGAAUAUGCCAAAAUGGUCCAGGUCUUACAGGCCUACUGUAUCAUUUCAGCAGGCAUCCGUGUAAGUUGCACCAAUCAGCUUGGACAAGGAAAACGACAGCCUGUGGUGUGCACAGGUGGAAGCCCCAGCAUAAAGGAAAAUAUCGGCUCUGUGUUUGGACAGAAGCAGGUGCAAAGCCUCAUUCCUUUUGUUCAGGUGCCCCCUAGUGACUCCGUGUGUGAAGAGUAUGGUCUGAGCUGUUCGGAUGCUCUGCAUAAUCUUUUUUACAUCUCAGGUUUCAUUUCACAAUGCGCGCAUGGAGUUGGAAGGAGUUCAACAGACAGACAGUUUUUCUUUAUCAACCGGCGGCCUUGUGACCCAGCAAAGGUCUCCAGACUUGUGAACGAGGUCUACCACAUGUAUAAUCGACAUCAGUAUCCAUUUGUUGUUCUUAACAUUUCUGUUGAUUCAGAAUGUGUUGAUAUCAAUGUUACUCCAGAUAAAAGGCAAAUUUUACUACAAGAGGAAAAGCUUUUGUUGGCAGUUUUAAAGACCUCUUUGAUAGGAAUGUUUGAUAGUGAUGUCAACAAGCUGAAUGUCAGUCAGCAGCCACUGCUGGAUAUUGAAGGUAACUUAGUAAAAAUGCAUGCAGCGGAUUUGGAGAAGCCCUUGGUAGAAAAGCAGGAUCAUUCCCCUUCAUUAAGGACUCGAGAAGAAAAAAGGGACGUGUCCAUUUCCAGACUGCGAGAGGCCUUUUCUCUUCGUCACACAACGGAGAACAAGCCUCACAGCCCAAAGACUCCAGAAGCAAGAAGGAGCCCUCCAGGACAGAAAAGGGGUACGCCAUCUUCUAGCACUUCAGAUGCCGUCUCUGACAGAGGCUUCCUGAGACCUCAGAAAGAGGCAACGAGUUCCGGUCAGGGACCCAGGGACCCUACGGACGGAGCGGAGGUGGAGAAGGACUCGGGGCACGGCAGCACUUCCGUGGAUUCUGAGGGGUUCAGCAUCCCAGACACGGGCAGUCACUGCAGCAGCGAGUGUGCGGCCAGCUCCCCAGAGGACAGGGGCUCACAGGAACACGCGGACUCUCAAGAGAAAGCGCCUGAAACUGACGACUCCUUUUCAGAUAUGGACUGCCAUCCAAACCAGGAAGACACAGCGUGUAAAUUUCGAGUUUCGCCUCAGCCAACUAAUCUCGCAUCCCCAAACACAAAGCGUUUUAAAAAAGAAGAAAUUCUUUCCAAUUCUGACAUUCGUCAAAAGUUAGUAAAUACUCAGAACGUGUCAGCCUCUCAGGUUGAUGUAGCUGUUAAAAUUAAUAAGAAGGUUGUAGCCCUGGACUUUUCUAUGAGUUCUUUAGCUAAACGAAUAAAGCAGUUACAUCGUGAAACACAGCAAAGUGAAGGUGAACAGAAUUAUAGGAAGUUUAGGGCAAAGAUUUGCCCUGGAGAAAAUCAAGCAGCUGAAGAUGAACUAAGGAAAGAGAUAAGUAAAACGAUGUUUGCAGAAAUGGAAAUCGUUGGUCAGUUUAACCUGGGAUUUAUAAUAACCAAACUGAACGAGGAUCUCUUCAUAGUGGACCAGCAUGCCACGGAUGAGAAAUACAACUUUGAGAUGCUGCAACAGCACACCGUGCUCCAGGGACAGAGGCUUAUUGCACCUCAGACUCUCAACUUAACUGCUGUUAACGAAGCUGUUCUGAUAGAAAAUCUGGAAAUAUUUAGAAAGAAUGGCUUUGAUUUUGUUAUUGAUGAAAAUGCUCCAGUGACUGAAAGGGCUAAAUUGAUUUCCUUGCCAACUAGUAAAAACUGGACCUUCGGACCCCAGGACAUCGAUGAACUGAUCUUUUUGCUAAGCGACAGCCCUGGGGUCAUGUGCCGGCCGUCCCGAGUCAAGCAGAUGUUUGCCUCCAGAGCCUGUCGGAAGUCGGUGAUGAUUGGAACUGCUCUUAACACAAGCGAGAUGAAGAAACUGAUCACCCAUAUGGGGGAGAUGGACCACCCCUGGAACUGUCCCCAUGGAAGGCCAACCAUGAGACACAUAGCCAACCUGGGUGUCAUUUCGCAGAACUGACAGUAGUCACUGUGUGGAAUCAUCGGUUUUAUUGCAGAUUUUUAUGUUUUGAGAGACAGGGUCUUCACUAACCUUUUUUGUUUUCAAAUGAACCUGCUACUUAAAAAAAAAAUACACAUCAGACCCAUUUAAAAGUGAUCUUGAGAACCUUUUCAGACCAGAUGGAGCGCUACUUGCAAAAAUUUUUUUUUCUCUGUUUGCAUGCGCUCGUGUGUGUGUGUGUGUCUGUGUGUCCAGGCAGGAACAUAUUUUAUAAAAAUAAGAACACUUGGGCUGGCCGUGGUGGCUCAUGCCUGUGAUCCACCUGCCCCGGCCUCCCAACGUGCUGAGAUGACAGGUGUGAGCCAUACUGCCUGGCCGAGUCAAGGAUCUUGCAGUAGAGAGAUUAUCCUGGAUUGUCUGGGUGGGCCCAGUCCAUUGGGUGAGUCCUUCGAAGGUGGAGACCUUUCCCUGCUGGCCAGAGAGAAGCUGCCUUGCUGGUUUUGGAGAUGGAAGGAGGUACCACUAGUCAAGGAUUGCAAGCAGCCUCUGGAACAGGGAUUCCAGCACUCCAGCCACACACCAGUAGUGGUCCAUGGCCUGUUAGGAACCAGGGUGCACAGCAGGUUAGGGGCGGGCAAGCCAGCGAAACUUCAUCUGUAUUUAGAUCCAGUCCCCAUGGCUGGUGUUAUCACCUGAGCGCCACCUCCUGGCGUAUCAGCGGUGGGCAUUAGAUUCUCAUAGGAGCACAAACCCUAUUGUGAACUGCACACGCGAGGGAUGUAGGCUGCACACUCCUUAAGAGAAUCUGAUGCCUGAUGAUCUGUCACUGUCUCCCGUCACCCCCAGAUGGGACCGUCUAGUUGCAGGAAAACAAGCUCAGGCUCCCACUGAGUCUAUGAUGGUGAGUUGUAGAAUUAUUUACUUAUAUAUUACAAUGUAAUAAUAAUAGAAAUAAAAUGCACAGUAAAUGCAAUGCACUUGAAUCAUCCUGAAACCAUUCCCUACCCCCAUCCGUGGAGAAAUUGUCUUCUGUGAAACCGGUCUCUGGUGCCAAAAAGGUUGGGGACCGCUUCUGGAAAAGCUGGAAAAGGCAAGGAAACGGAUGCUUCACCGCAGCCUCUGGAAGGAACCAGCACUGUGGGCCUAAUUUACAGACUGUAGGAUAAUAAAUUUGUGUUGCUUCAAGCCACUAAA